AUGCAAUUUAAGAAGACUGCUAUCGCUACAGUUGCUGCUGUCUCUUCAACAGCUUACGCUGCUAACACCACCUCAACACAAUCUAUUGCUUCUGGUUGUAGUCUAGGUUCAAGUGCCACCGCUACUGCACAAUCCGAUUUAGAUAAAAUCGCAAGUUGUACUGAAUUAGUUGGUAAUUUAACUAUUACUGGUACUUUAGGUUCUGCUGCUUUAGCUAACGUUAAGAAAAUUGAUGGUUCUUUACGUUUAUAUAACGCAACUGAUUUAGUUAAUUUUUCCGCUGAUUCUUUAUCAACAAUUAGUGGUAGUUUGACAUUGCAAGAUUUAACCGUCUUAGAAAGUGCUUCAUUUGGUUCUUUACAACAAGUUGAUGGUAUCGUUUUACAAACUUUACCUGCAAUUAGUACUUUUUCAACUAAUUUACAAAAAGCUAAUAAUAUUCAAAUUUCUGAUACUACUUUGGAAUCUGUUGAUGGGUUUUCAACUUUAAAAGAAGUCUCUGAAUUAAAUAUUAAUAACAAUAGAUAUUUAUCAUCUUUCAAUUCUUCUUUAGAAUCUGUUAGUGAUUCUUUACAAAUUUCUUUCAACGGUGAAUCAACUCAAGUUUCAUUCAAUGAAUUAGUUUGGGCCAAUAAUAUUACUUUAAGAGAUGUUGAACAAGCAACUUUCCCAAAAUUACAAACUGUUAACGCUUCUUUAGGUUUUAUUAAUAAUACUUUAUCUAAUAUUACUUUAGACAAAUUAACUAAAGUUGGUCAAACUUUCUCUGUUACUUCUAAUGAAGAUUUAACUGUUUUGGAAUGUAAAAAUUUAACUUCUGUUGGUGGUGGUUUUGUUGUCGCUAACAAUACUAAUUUAAAUACUAUUGAUGGUUUCUCUAACCUUGAAACUGUUGGUGGUGCAGUCAUCGUCACCGGUGAAUUUUCUAGUUUAGAUUUAUCUUCUUUAAAAUCUGUUAGAGGUGAUGCUACUAUUGAAACUAAUGCUUCAAAUUUCUCUUGUUCCGCUAUUAAGAAAUUACAAAGCAAUGGUGCUAUUCAAGGUGAUUCCUUCGUUUGUAAGAAUGGUGCUGUUUCUUCAUCAUCUUCUGUCACUUCUUCUAAGUCUGGUUCAAAGACUUCUUCAAGUACUAAGACUGCCUCUAGUGAUGAUUCUUCUUCAUCUUCAUCUUCCUCAAGCUCUAAAGGUAUGGCUGCUGCUGAUUUCAUCCCUGUCAAUUCAGUCAUGGGUGCUAUUGCUGCUGCCGCCAUUGCUCUAUUAUAA